AUGGUGAACUACCCGAAGAAGAAGGUGAUGCACUGCGGCGACGCGCGCUGCAACGCGCACAAGUCGUUCAAGGUGGUGCAGUACAAGGCCGGCAAGGCCCGCCUUUUCGCUCGGGGUAAGCGUCGUUACGAUCGCAAGCAGUCUGGUUAUGGCGGUCAGACCAAGCCUGUCUUUCACAAGAAGGCCAAGACGACCAAGAAGAUUGUGCUGAAGCUCCAGUGCUCUGGUUGCAAGUCUAUCCGCCAGGUUGUCCUCAAGCGCACGAAGCACUUUGAGCUGAACGAUAAGAAGAAGACGGGCAACAAGGACCCCACCUGGUAA